GUGUAAUACUGUGUAGCAAGUGAAUGAACAACCAGCCAGGUGGUGUUGCCGGAUAGACUUGUAUUGCCUGAACACAAAGAAGCUAUCAGCAGGCAUGACACACACCCAGACACAGGCACACAGCCACAUUCGAUCGCAAGGCUCAUGUUCACAUACUUUUCUCAGAAAAGGCGAACAUGAACGAGCCAGAUUGCAUUCACCGCAACCACUAAAACGUACGCGCAUGCAGGAAAAAAGCGAUUAUGAGCCACCACGUCGGCUGAGUCUCAACACCAUCAUACACGAUAUGAAUAAGUACAUCGACACACCGAUUAUGAGAAGGCAUCUUGCCUGGAAUGUGAAGGAGACUAUCAUGCCUGAGCAAUUUUACACGCGAUGUUUUAACACAUCACACUGUUCGCUCGUUAGUGGCGCUGCAGCACUCAUAUUGGGCCACGUGACUCUGGGGAUUAUGUGUCUGUUUGUGUGGUUAACCUCUGUGAACUACUGGAGGUACCCCUGUGUGGGCUUUCGGCGUACAAUCGACAUCGUCACUGUACAAGCUACCUUGUGGACACACAUCUACAAAGCCAUGUCUGUGGCUGCGUAUCAGCACUUGUAUAUGGCAACGGUUGCGGUAGGUAUGCUGUGCUAUGGUCGCGCAAGGUACCAUCAUUUCCGAGGAGAUCAUGACAACGAUACGAAAUGGCAUUGCACGAUGCACCUGAUAGGGAAUGCAAGUAAUGUCAUACUGUACGUGGGGCUAUUGACCACGUGACGUUUUAGUCUUAUAGCACAGUAAUUUAUAUAUAUAUAUAUAUACAUAAAUACAUAUAUAUAUAUAUAUAUAUAUAUAUAUAUUGUGUAUGCGUGUCUUGUUCUGUAUUGACAUACAUAUACCGUAAGUCGAAUGAUGCUCUGAGCAUAUACAACUAUUCAACUCGCCAUGGAAUGCUAUAGAGGUACAGAUACUUCAACUGAAGUACGAAGUGACUUUGCAUAUCCCAGAACAUACUGGCUGCGUAGUUGGUGCCGGUGUAUACUCAACUGAAAUAUGUCAGACGUUGGUAUGUUAAUCACGUACCUAUUGACAUUGUAUGUCACGUACGCUACCCAUAACCACUAUAAGACUAUAAUAGUUGCGCAUAUAGUGGUGCACUAUAUGGACAAUCACUGGAUAUAACAACAAAAAUGUAGGCACGAUGAUGUCAUUUACAGAGUAGUUUUGAGAUUGAUGUGGCGAUAUGUGCGGUAUGUAACUGAUAUCAAGCGACGAAGGUGUCACUCUUUUGGCGACGACAAGUGCAGAUAGUGCCUAACAAAUACCUCUCAUACGCCCAACUCAGCACAGCAGAGUAAAUAAGCACAAAGGCGCGUACGUACGAUAUCCGUAGGCCAGGAACAUGGCUGUAGAACUGAGAUAGAUGCGGUGUGAUGCGCAGCUUGUACAUACGCGCAUGAUGUGUGCCGUAUUGACGUUCAUGUGUACACAGACAGUACGACAUCAACAUAUCCGACGAAGCAGCUCGACUCCAGGGGCGCAAGGGGAGAUGAACAAAAUAGAAGAAUCCGACAUUCCAAUACCAUAUAACCGAUUCAAAGCGGUAAUAAAGUGUUCGACUUGCACAUGGCCUGUCUGUACACGUGCAAGUGGUCCAUAAACGCUGCUUCAUCCCAAGUUACUGUUCAAUUUAGACUGCACAAAUGCAUGUAUAUCAUUUUUAGAAACGAGUUGUAUAUAUUCUCACACUGGAG